GGUCGUGAAGAAAUAAACAACCAAAAAUCGCAUUGCGGCAAUUUGCGAUGUUCAAAAUGGACGGCUAUCCUAGAACACUGCACUACGUUAGCCAAGAGACAAGUUGGGAGGGCGAGGGUCCGUCCCACAGUUCAAGAAACUCCUCCAUAAACCAUAGACCAAUGGCUGACUACCAAGUUCAGAAAAAUGAAGGAAAAACCAACUUGAUUAUUAACUACCUACCACAGAAUAUGACUGAGAAGGAAUUGUACAGCAUGUUUGUUACCAUCGGUCCAGUUGAAAGCUGCAGAGUCAUGAAGGACUUUAAGACAGGAUAUAGCUACGGGUUUGGUUUUGUGAACUAUUCUAAGGCGGAAGAUGCAUCACGGGCCAUUGGCACAUUGAACGGGUUGCAGGUGCAGAACAAACGACUGAAGGUAUCAUUUGCUCGUCCAAGUGGUGAAGAGAUCAAGGAAACAAACCUGUAUGUCACCAACCUGCCACGCAACAUCACAGAGCAGUAUCUGGACUUGCUGUUUGGCAAGUACGGACAGAUAGUACAGAAAAACCUCCUGAAGGACAAGCUAACAGGCAUGCCCCGGGGUGUAGCGUUUGUCAGGUUUGACCGUCGUGAUGAAGCACAGGAGGCUAUAAACAGUCUAAAUGGUGUUAUCCCAGAGAAUGGGACUGAACCAUUAGUAGUGAAGAUUGCAGAGGAGCAUGGCAAACAAAAGGCAGCCUAUUAUGCAGGUUGGCAGGCGGGAUAUAACCAGAGCAGAGGAUAAUGACCGAUGGUGGGCUCGUGUGAACACUAUAAUGAAAUUUGUGGUUCCAUAAAAGAAGAGUAAUUCCUUGACUAUCUGAGUGUCUACCAGCUUGACAAGAAAGAAUCUGCUCCGUGGAGUUAGUUGCAUUACUUUUUCUAUAAGAAACACGUUUAAAUGAAACUGAUGUUUGGGGAGUGUCCUCUGCAUCUGAAGAUUGCUGUCUUCUUCAUACUCAUCACCGUGAUAACCUCAAAUUUUACGUCCUCUACAUCCAUCAUGAAGCCUGAUGGCAGGUGUACUGAAUAGGUUAAAAUUAUUAAUAUUAUGGCUUUUAUCUAAUGUUUGUAGAGUGUGGUACACAUGUUUGAUAUCUGACUAGUAACAUGACAUUAUAAGGAAAAACUGUUGUCACUAAUCUUCAAAAUUUCUGAGGUCUGUGCCAUGGAAGACAUUGCUGGAAGUAACUUCUGAAAGUCCUCUGUUGUCACAUUGCUCUGAAUGUCUUCAAGUGAUUAACAGUGAGACCAUGUCAUGCCGGUCUUUAAUUCUGAGAACAUAAAGUGUUAUAGAUAUUAAUCAGGCAAGUUGAGUGGAUGUUCCAACACAGAUCUUUCUGCCACAAAACUUUAUUGAAAGUGCUGUGUCAGAAUGUGUAUUAGUAUGCUGAAAAAUCUGCUUGUCCAGCUGAAUAUUUGAUUUUUAUUGAUGAUGCACUCAUAUAAAUGUCUGCAAAAUUUGAAGGUAGAAUGCUUAGUUGACUAUUUACUUUGGAGAAACAAAUUGAUGAUGGAUAUGUUCAUACCUAUUCCUAAUGUGUCUGAUAUCAAGAAAGAGGUCAGCAUGGUUUGGGUAGUGUUGUGUGUGUGUGUGUGUGUCCGUCCAGCUUUUCCAUUGGAGAUUCUGGCUUCUAUUUGUGGGCCUUGUUGGAAGACCCAGGUCCCAUCGUGUAGGUCAGAUUCUUCCAACUGUCUUGUUGAUGCUUCUGGGCUACUUUCUUAUCUACCUUUUGCUCACUGCUGAAGUUUUUUGGUACCAUUUUGGUAAAAACAUUCUUCAUGUUUGGAUCUUUGAUUGUAAUCAGUCUCAGUUUUUCUUUUCAUUUUUAGUUCUUCCGUUGUUUCCUGAACAGUCUAAGUCAUUUCUGACCAUUUCAGUAACUUUUUUGCAUUUAUAUUAGUUCUUGGAACUCAUGCAAGACCAGAUUUUCUGUUGUUCUAACAUUUUUGCUGCUUUGUUCAGCUCCCUUUACAAACCCAAAAGCCUCUUUUGUACACACUGUUCCUUCUCCAUAAAGUUGCUAAUUUUGCAAAUGUCAGUGUUAUUUGUUCCAGUGUUAUUCUCUAGUAUGUCAGGUACAGUAAACCCUCGAUUUAAUGGACUAGUAGGGGGAAGGGGUGUCUGGUAAUGCUGAUUGCCCCGUUAAAUAGCACAUUUCUUUCUGCAGUGCCAUCAUUUCCAUUAGGAAUACCAUUAAGCAGGUUAGUAAUAUGAACUGGACACCUUCAAAGACACAAGGUUUAUUUAAACACUACAAUGUGAAGAGAUAAUUAAGUUGAAAAAAGAUCCAAAAGUCAUUAGCAUACAUUUUCGGUUUUAAUGAACUUUGUCUGUUAAAACUGAAAAUGUUUGUUAUGACUCCUGUCCAGAAAACAUUUGGCAAUACCAGAUAGCGUCUGUUAAAUCUGAAAUCCGUUAAAUCGAGGAUUUACUAUAUUGGCCGUGUUUUGACAAAACACUUGUCAAUAAAAUGCUUACUGCAAAUACGAGACAGAUCAAGUCCUGACUGCUGAAUCAUGAAGUCAUAUGACCUGAUUUGCACCAUGUGAUCUCUGCAGAAAAGUAUAAGUCCAAGUAUUUGUAAGAUAAUGUACAUCAGGAGCUUUUGGAUUUGUAAAAGUCAGGAUUUAAGAUGUAUUAUUCUUUGGUCUUGAAGAAUCACCUUGCCAUCAUGCCAUUGGCUCUGCUGUAUGGCACAUCUAUGUCUUCUUCCCAUUUGUGUUGUUUUAACCAAGCAGCAAACAGUGCUUCCUUCUUCAGUGUUGCCUUUAAACACUUCUGAAUGCCACCUAACAUGCUCAUUUCUUCUAUUCUUUCAAGUAUUUAACCCUUGCAGUACCAAGAUCAAGUGUUAAGAGUGAAGGUAACAAAUUAAAAUUGCCUUCACACAAAGAAAUUUAAAGUAGAUUAAAAUAUGGAGAAUGCUUGCUACCAUACAUUCAGAAUUUUCUGUCUUCCCAUCUGCUACCUAAAACAUGAAAAUCGAAAUAUACAAAACUAUCUUUUGAUUUUGAAUAUGAACUUGGCCUUUCACAUUAAUGGGAGAACACAUACUGAGGGUGUUUGAGAACGGGGUGCUGUGGAGAAUAUUUGGACCAAAGAGGGGUAAAGUGAUAGGAUGAGAUUGGUAGGGCAUGUAGUGUUUGUGGGAGAUGUGAAAUGCGUACAAAAUUGUUGGAAAGCCUGGUGGCAAAAACACCACUUGAAAAAUUAAACAGGUGGGAGGUGAAGUGAAGGGAGGUUAUGAAUUGGAUUAAUCUGGUUCAGGAUCAGGAUUGUUGAUGGGCUCUUGUGAACAUGGGAGUGAACUUUUAGAUUCCAUGAAAGGUGGCGAGUGUCUUGCCUAGCUGAAUGUACUGCCCACUUCUAAAGAAUGAUUCUGCUCCGUAUAGUUGGUUUGUGCCAAGAUCAUUUAGAAUGAGGUAAAGAGUUUGUAUAAUAUUUCAGCAUUUUGAAUUGAUAUAUGCAGUUGUGGACUGUUCAUAGAGGCAGACAUCCUGCCUACAUUAGUGUGGUAUUUGAAUGUUUCAUUUGUGAGAAAAUUGAUUUCAAACAAAAAUUUUAAAAAAAUACUCAGUAGUAUUGGCACCAUUCUUUAAAAUGGUUGGUAACAACCACCUACAAGACUACAUGGUGUCUCAAUCCAGAAAGCCGUAAACAACAUCUUUGCCAACUUGAGAAUCUGAAAUCUCAAUACUCAGCAUAUUUAAACCUUUUUUGUGGGUGCGUGCGUGCUUUGGGUGUUUGGAAUUCUGGCUGUGAAAGAGUUCAUCUUGGCUUGUAUGAUUACUACAUACAUUACUGACUGUUACUUGUUAGCAUUUGUUUAUAAACUCUGCAGUCAGAGGUGGUUGUUUUUUAAUAUACUAUGUGUUAUCAGUUAAGGUGAAAUAAGAAAGCAUUUCUUUUGUAAAGUUACUUGUAUGUGUACAGAACUGUUACUCAGUUAUGCACUUUACCAUUUCCUCAAAUUCUGGUCAUGCUGUAGGGUGUAGAGUGAAAUUGUAUUUAAAAUUUCUCUGGAAAACAAGGAAUUCAACACUAAAGUGAGAAAACUGUAAGUGGCAGUGAGAUAAUGGGAUGGGUUGUAGAUGUAUAACAUUAGAUUAGGAUUGCACUGUAUGUAUUAACUCAUACAGACCCACCACCAAUGGCAUACAUAAUUAUUAAUUUUAGCCUUCUUUAUCUUUCAUGUAGGAUAAUAUUGCCUGAAUGAUGUCAUACUGCAUUUUACAUAUAUUUUAUCAUUUUUAGAAAGUGAAAAUAUAAUUUUAUGACAAGCUUAUGGUAGUAAAUGGGAAUAUAUACAAUAUAUUACAAAGUAUUUAUUAUGUUUAGUUUAAAAUUAAUUAGAAGCUGGAGGUCUUACAUGGAUGUUAAUGUGUCUGUGAUUUCCCACACUUGGUUUGUGAACCUUUUGGGGGUGUACAAAAUGUUUCAGGGUGUUCACAAAAAGUAUUGAGUGAUGUCAGGUUUUUUGUAUGUUUGUGUUGAUUAACAAAAGUAAAUAAUCUGUAAUUAUUUGUUUUAGAAGAAUGUCAGUCUUAUUUCCAAUGUUUAUUUGAGGUGUAUGUUUACACUAGUUUGUAUUUGCAUGAAUUUAUUUGCUGAGAAUGUCUGUACCAUCACUUAAAAAGAUGUUAGACUGCUGUGAAAGCAUGAUAAAACUGCAGUCAGAAGUGCUGCAUGUUCAUCGACUAUAUUGAUUUUCAGUUUUAAACUAAUUACAUGAUGUAUGUUCUUCUUUGAGUGGUUGAUAUUUAUUCAUGUUGUUAGUUUUCCUAGUUUUGCAAGUCAUCACCAUAUUUCCCGAAGUCCGCUAUUUGACCCAGUCCUGAGCCAGUCUGUCUUCACGUCCUGUUUUCCUCUCAGUUAAUUUCAGUAUUAUCCUCCUAUUUAUGCCUACGUGGUUGAAAUGUUUUGAAACUUGCUGUGUGGGUGGCUGCAGUGCUCAGGCAGGGGGCAGUGCUCCCGCUUUCUCAAAGAUGAGACUUUUGCAUGAUUAUUUUCAUAGGGAUAAAUGAUGUAUUUUGUGGAGGCAGAACCAUAUCUUGAGCACUUCUUUCUUACUGUAGAAGACCAGCCCUGUCUAUAAGUCAUCCUCUUGUGUGCUACACUUGAGUUUCUUUGGCACCUCCUCCUUAUUGACCUUAUAAAUUUUGUGAUGUUGGAAGGUGAUAAUGAAACAGUCCUGCAGCUGUGAUCAGUAGAAUUUUUUCAUUGAGUCCCAAAUUUAAUUUUGUUUAAAACAUGAUAGUUAUGAGGUAUGCUACAUAAGACCAGUGAGUUGGAGGUCAUAACCAGAAGAUGAGCCAAAAGACAAAUGUUGAGAUGAGUCAGGAAAGCUACUCAUACAGCUCAUUAUGUGUGUGUGUAUGUAUGUAUGUGGAAUUGGAAGCUUCCAUUGUGAUCAUAAAUAGAGGUAGUGGUAGUGGUGGUGUUUUUCUUGAUGCUGAAAUAAAACUGUAUAAGAAGACAUGUUAUCAGAAAUAUUAUUGUAAAAUGCAGCACUCUGCAUUCAUUAAAAACUGCAAAAAGAUAUUGUGGGUAACAAGUAAAAUGCUGCAAAUAUGUGACAGUGUGUGUUAUGUGUAGGCUCUUAAUCUGGUUGUAACACUUAUUAUCAUUAAGUUUUGAUGCAGGACUGUUUCUUGUGCUUUUUUAUUAUAGCAUGUAGACACUCAACUUACUGAACCUGAUUUUUUUAAUGAAGGAACUGAUGCUACAUUUUUAUUUCUUUCUUCCUUGUGCAAAAAGGAGGCGAGGGUUUGUAUACCAAGAAAAGAACAUAUCAGUAUUAAUCAAUGGCACCCUUAUUUAAAAAACAAACAAAAACUUUUAAUUUGUUUAUUUAUUUGACAUUGAUAAUUAAAUAUUCUUACAGCUUGUCAGUGCUCUACUAAUUGGCUUCAGCAUCAAAGCAUGAGGAUAUAUAGCUUUCAGUAGGGCUGCCUGCAUAGUUCUGUCAGUGUGGUAGGUGCCCUUCUAUAUAUCAUUGGUGUUACUCCUGUCAUGUAGGCAGAGUUGUGAUAUUCUCUUCUAACUGGUGCCCCACUUUGAUUUUGAGUCGAGUGUCCAAUUUUUGUUUGUUUUUUAAAUUGUCAUGAAAAGUGUACAGAAGAUUUAUUUCAUGUAAUGUAAUUCUAUGUAGACAAUGUUGUAAUUGAUUUUUAAUCAAACAUGGACAGUUGCAAUUUUGUUUAUAUUCCAGUGAAGAAGGAACUGGAGGUAAUGUUCAUAUGUUUAAAUCGAAGAAGUCACCCAAUGUACAAAGGAAAUUAUUCCAUCAUUAUUUCACUUUAAUAAUAAUAAUAAUAAUAAUACAUUAAUAUUGAAUAUAAGAAUUAUAUUAGUGCUUGUGUUGCUGACAGAAGCAUUUUUCUGUUUUCUUUCUACUUUAUAAGUGAAAUCAGACUAGUAGUUUGUACAUAGACUCAUUAUGUGCUCUUCAGGUUAAUGUAUUUCUGCAGUUCAGGCAGUUUAUGUAUGUAUAAUAUCUGAAGGGUACAUACAUACUAGCUGUAUCUGUACUGUAUGUAAAUUGUUGUACAUUCUGAUGUUUCAGAUUCAUUCUGUAUUAUUAUAUUGUGUGUGUGUGAGAGAGAGAGGAUAAAGUAUUACAUUGCUG